AUGAACCCAGAUCCAAACGGACAUGGGUAUUCGCCAACCCCUCCAUAUCCAUCCUACAACGAACCAGCCUACUUGAAUAUGCCGCAGCCACAGGUGCCGCGGACUGGCUCGCCGGCCCCAAAUCCAAUCCCAGAAGCAUACAACUACCCGGAACCCCAGCGCUCCUCCCCAAACAUGAACACUGGGCACAUAAACAACGCAGUGAGCUCUGCAUUCCACAAUAGUGGCUCCACAGACUAUCUCUCCCCAGAAGUUCUAUCGCAAAUCACAGCAACAGUGAUCCAACAACUCAAGACAACUGGGUUAGACAACCUACAAGGAUCUGGUGCGCCCCCGCCCCGCUCGCAAUCACAGCAGCCACCAUGGCAAACGGACAGUUCAUUGCGGCCGCAUGCAGAGUCCCCGCAGCGAAGCAGCUCAAUCCCCCCGCCCAGUUCCACCUCCGACAACAUCCAUGCUGGGAAUUUCCAGCCACAUGUCCCCUCCGGUUACACUAGUGAUAGUCGCCUGAGCCCCAAACCAACAAGCGAUCCCCUUGCGAAUAGACGUGGCUCUGUAUCGAGUGAGAAUAGUGAUCGGAGUCAUCAUAGCCACCAUAAGCCGGAGCGUCCGAAACCUCCGGACCGGGACGCUACCAUUAUGGAGAUGACUACUUUGGAGCGGAUUUGGGGGAAAUUGUUUGAGGAUGGCAAAGCGACAGAGAGGCUUGGUCAAUUCUUGAGGGGGAUUGCGGUUCAUCUGAUUGAGGACUAUCCACCGGGAAACACUAUUGUCAUUCCCCUCACAAGUUGCAAAAGUUCUAUCGUGAUACUCAUGAUCCGAAUGAUCCUUAUCCAUGGCAAGGUUGACAUCUUUGACGAUCGCACAUCUUCGAUAUCCCGACUUUUCCGCGAAAUCAAAGUUGAACACCAUCUCAUUCAAGACGAUGUAGAGAAACGUCCAGAUAUCCCAGGCCUAACCCCCAAAGGCUUCGAGACAUGGGAAACCUUGAUGAUCCUCGCGAACCCAGGGCGCGAAUACGAGCGGCUCCAAAAAGCAGUCCUCAACAUGCCCAUCAACAACCCAGAUGACAAGAAAGAGCGCUUCCCAAAGGAAAUCCCACGUCGCCUCUUCCCAGAAAUCGGAGACAUCAAAAUCAGAGAAGACAUCGAGGACCGCAUGAUGAUCCACUGCGGCGUCGAUCUACCAUACAUCACCGCUGAAGAACGCAACCAAUCCGGCGCCCGACCGACCCGAUCAUCCACUACAACCGCAUCACCCACAGAGCGAAGCCACUCAUACGAGCGAGGCCGACCGUGUCCCGCAGACUCGAUCCCAAGACCAACUGGACAAUCCCGACCAAGACCCGCCUCGGCGGUCACAGAUGACGAGGAAGAUGAGCCCGCCCCGUCUGUGCCAAUCGAGCGCGAACGCAAGCCCUACACCGCAAAUCCAGGUGGCGGCAAAGUCUACGAUGGAUCCGCCCCGAGCCGCAGCCACGCGGGUUCCUUCUCAACGGCCCGGCCUUCGGACCCUGCCCACAAGGGACCGCCGGGGCCAACUCCAGCACACCGCAUGUCCGAGUCGUAUGACCAGGACCCGUACUACUCACGCUCGGGAUCUGGUCAUUCUGCUGAUAAGCGGUUCUCGCAUGAUCCCCGCAGCUCGUCGCCAAGUGUAAACUACCGCGGUGGUGGUGGUGGUGGUGACUAUAGACAUUCAGAGAGUGAUUUGCAUGGUCGCGACCAUUCGUCUAGAUAUGCGGGGCUGUCGGCGUCUGAUUUGUGGCAUAGUGAGUCACCCACUGCGAAUCUGCCCGAGGAUGAUGGGCGCAGGUAUAAUCAUGGUAGUUGGGGUGGUGAUGAGGAGUAUUAUCGUGGGAGUGCGCAACCUGGGGGGGCUGGGUCUUGGUAUGAUAAGUAUGACAAGUAUUACCGCUGA